AGGUUUAGUUUAAAAGUAAACCUCUAAUAUGAUACAGAAAAGUGCCAGUCGAAGUGAAUAAAAAAUAUUUAAAAAAAUAAGAUACACUAACGAAGAUAGGGGAAACGAACAUCGAAUGAUUCAUCAACAGAACUAGAGAACAACUUUCAUAAUGACAAGUCUAGGAAGUUCAGUUUUACAAUGGACAGACUACGUCGUUGUGGGAAUUGUCUUGUCAAUUUCGACUGGCAUCGGAAUUUACUAUCGUUUUAGCGGAGGUCGACAGAAAACUGCAGAGGAAUAUUUCUCAGCAAAUAGGUCCAUGAGCAUAAUUCCUCUAGCGAUCGCCUUGAUGGUAUCUUUUAUGUCCGCAAUUACACUGCUUGGAAUUAGUGCAGAAGUAUACACACGUGGUACACAAUUUACGAUGUUUUACGUAGGAUUCGCCUUUGGAACGCCGAUUGUGGCUCAUUUUUACCUGCCAGUAUUUUGGGAACUUCAAACAAAAAGUGUCUUCGAGUAUCUAGAAAAGCGUUUUGGUUCAACGAGCAGGAUGGUAGCAAGCAUUGCAAACUCAUUGCAACUAAUUCUAUAUACCGGUGUGGUACUUUAUGCUCCGUCUCUAGCUUUGGAAGCAACGACAGGACUUUCUGGAACUAUGAGCAUUUUGCUGAUUGGAAUAAUUUGUACCUUCUACUCAACAAUCGGAGGUAUUAAAGCCGUAUUAAUUACAGAUGUCUUUCAAGGCUUUCUUAUGUUCGCUGCGCUUUUUGCCGUUCUUGGGGUGGCUACCUAUGAAUUAGAUGGCGAACUCUCACAAGUGUGGGAAAUCUCGGAGAAAGGACGACGAAUUGAAUUUUUCGAUUUUCGAUUCGAUCCCACAAUUCGUCACACCUGGUGGGGCUUAACUAUAGGAGGAAUGUGCGUUUUCAUUUCCUUGUAUGGAACGAAUCAAGUUCAAAUACAGAGAUUAUUGACUGUUAAGAGUCUCACAGCUGCUAGAGUGUCUCUAUAUUUGAACUGGCCUCUCAUGAUAGGACUAUGUUUCCUGACUGUAUUUUCCGGACUUGUGUUGUACACAGUAUAUCACAACUGUGAUCCAGUAGCUUCUGGAAUGAUAUCUUCCUAUGAUAAAAUCAUGCCAUAUUUCGCCGCAGAGAGGUUGUCCAAGUUUCCUGGUCUCACGGGUCUUUUCGUGUCAGGUGUUUUCAGUGCAAGUCUGAGUACAAUUUCCGCAGUACUGAAUUCCUUGUCUGCAAUAGCUGUCGAGGACUAUUUAAAACCUUUUUACAAUAAGAAAGACGAGGAACUGUCGGACGCAAGAGCUACGCUUUUUGGAAAAAUAAUUGCCAUUACGAUCGGAUUCAUUUGUUUGGCUAUUGCAUUUCUUGUUGGUAAUUUUGGAAGCUUAGUCCAAGCAACAAUUGCGGUUUCAGCCGCUUUCAAUGGUCCGUUGCUCGGGAUCUUCACUUUAGGAAUGUUCACUGAACAGGCGAAUGAAAAAGGAGCUGUCAUUGGAUUAUUAACGGCAAUAUCCUUCAUGAUGUGGAUCAUUUUAGGAACACCAAAACCGCCUUUGUCACCUCUUCCGGUCACCACGGAAGGCUGUAAUUUUACUAUCGCUGGUAAUAAUACCAGUAUUUUAAGCGCCGGAAUAACUGGCGAAAAGUCAUUCUACUUCUAUCUUUAUCGCAUCUCAUACAUGUGGUACAGUCCCAUAGGACUGACCAUUACGAUGGUAGUAGGAUAUCUUGCAAGUGUGGCUAUUCGCAAAAUCUCUCAAGAAACGAUUCCCGAACCAGACCCGAGUUUGUUAACACCAUUCUUGGCAGCAAGAAUACGAAAACGGAGUAGUAAACCUACUAAAAUGGCUAGUAGUCAAGAUUUUAUUUUGGAAUCAAAUGAUCAGUUAUCUAGGUAUUAAUCGUUAUUGUUGACCUUGAAACGUGAUUAAUCGCUAAAAAAAGAACGAGAAACUUUUUUUCAAACCGUUGAAAGGCUUAUAAAAUUCCGCGGAUCGAAUUACUCUAGAAAGAAAUAUUUCUGAUCGUUAGUUCUAGAGAUAUGACUAAAAAUGUCCAAGCGUUUCUGCGUCAAUUUUUAGUCGGCUGCAUUUUGUACCUGAACCUCAACUCGUGCUGUAACUGAGGAAACUUUUUAAAAGAAACUGAAAUUGAAAUAACGUAAUCUAUGAAAUCGCAUUUUUAAUUUGAGCUAACAACAUUUUUGAAAUCUUCACGCGUUCCGAAGAUAUGAUAACAAAUGUCCAAGCGUUUCUGGCGUCUGCUUUGGGUUUCUGUCGGUGAUGACUUUCUUGGUUCAAAAUAACGUACAUACCACAAAUAUUGACCGAAUUUUACAAAAAAAAAUUGUAGAAAAGAGCGUAGAAGAUUUCUAAGGGAGUUAUCAAAUCUGAUUUUUGAAUUAGGCUUUUAAUUUUUUUAUAAAUAAACAAAUAUGAUGAAAAAAUGGCCAUUUUGGCUAUUUGACGUUCUCGGUGCUCAACUAUAGCAGAAAAAUUGUUGAAAUCACCUGAGUUUCCUAGAAUACCUUUAGUAAAAAAUAUUCCAAUA